AUGGUCGCGGGUGGUGUAGAGGAGGGUGGCGAGGGAAAUGAGGGUGGCGAGGGAGAAGAGGGCGAGAAGCCAGAAGCGGGUGGUGGGACUGCCUUGCUUUUGGAUGUAAGGGUGCAGGAGGAUGAGCUUGGUGCCGUUAGUCACGAGAUUACCCCAAUGAAAAGGAACCCAAAAGAUCAGAUCAGUCAAACAACGGGCAAGAAAAGCAAUCAUCACGUAGGAGAAACUCGUGAGACCAUAAUAGCAAGAGUUUACAGAUGCUAUCGACCCUGCCAACCAGGGAUUGAUGAAAUAAUCGAAUUUGAACUGCUCUCUAGCCUGCACAAUGAUAAAUUGACGACCACCGUCAUAUUUAGCUGGCUAGAUUUUCUUUUCAGCAAUGAGACUAAACUCGAGAGAGAGAGAGAGAGAAACCUCGAGAUUUCGUCAACAGCCUUCACGACUUCUGAAGAACUUGUCUCGAGCACUUGGCCGCCCAAUAUGAUCUCAUCUAGAAUUGUAUGCACCUGA